UUAUUCACGAGAAACCGAGAGAAUUCACAGCAGCUGACGAUGAUAUUAACUGUUGAAAUAUAAACGUGUAUAUCGUGACAACUCUUUUAAAGUCCUUAUUUGUAAAUUCUACCAAACGUUUAACUUAUUUUGUCACUCCCAUGGUCGAGUACUGUUGAACAUUGAUAAAAGAGAUUUUUUGGUCCAUCUAUGACUUGCGGGCUGUAUUUUUCUCUGCCACCGAAAUACUUGUUCUUUUGAAAUAGCCACUUGUCGUCGCUGAAAAGUCGUGCGCCAGACUGACACGUUCUUCCGGAAAAAUACUUCAUUUGUGGCUUUUAUGAGCAAGACAGGGGAAUGCCAGUCUGUGCAAUACACUGGACGCGAUAUCGUGACCACGUUACGUUAUUACAUUCAGGCUGCGCCGACAUGCGCAUGUGUGCCUGUACACAGUAAGUUUCAGCAGAAAUGGCAAGUUCUCAGCAAAGUAAGGGACAUUUCCACAUGUACAAGAACAAGGCCUUGGGCCUGGAUGAGCUGCGAAAGCGGAGGGAAGAAGAAGGUGUUCAGCUCCGCAAGCAGAAGCGUGAAGAGCAGCUUUUCAAGAGGCGAAAUGUAGACGUUGUACUUGAGACUGAAUCUGCCCUUCAAGACAACAUCAUCACCACGACACAAGGUUUUGUUACUCCAGAUAUGGUUCAGGCCCUCAUGAGCGAAGAUGUCACCCAGCAACUGGCUGCCACACAAAAGUUUAGGAAACUACUCUCAAAAGAGCCUAACCCUCCCAUCGAUGAGGUCAUCCAUACUGGAAUUGUACCCCGAUUCGUUGAAUUCCUACAAAACAACAGCAACAGCACCUUACAGUUUGAAGCUGCCUGGGUGCUGACCAACAUAGCAUCAGGAACUUCACUACAGACUCGAUGUGUUAUAGAAGCGGGAGCCGUCCCACUAUUCAUCAUGUUACUCAACUCAGAAUUUGAAGAUGUACAAGAACAGGCUGUCUGGGCACUAGGUAACAUUGCAGGGGACUGUCCUGACUGCCGAGAUUUUGUAAUUGACAGUGGAAUCAUCAUGCCAUUGCUGCAAUUACUGGCUAAAUCAAGCAAGCUGUCCAUGACAAGAAAUGCUGUCUGGGCACUGUCCAAUCUCUGCAGAGGAAAGAAUCCCCCACCGAACUUUGACAAGGUGAAGACAUGCCUGCCAGUUCUGUCACGUCUAUUAUUCCACAAUGAUCACGAUGUCCUGGCUGAUGCUUGCUGGGCCCUCUCAUACCUGUCAGACGGACCCAAUGAAAAGAUUCAGGCUGUCAUUGACAGUGGGGUCUGUCGGAGACUAGUGGAACUUCUCAUGAAUGCCUCACUGAAUGUUGUGUCUGCAGCCUUGCGAGCUGUAGGAAAUAUUGUCACAGGCGAUGACAUCCAAACGCAGAUCAUCCUGAAUUGUUCAGCCCUCCCCUACCUCUUGCACCUGUUGAGUAGCCCCAAGGAAUCCAUCAGGAAAGAAGCCUGCUGGACAAUAUCCAACAUCACUGCAGGAAACAGACAGCAGAUCCAGUGCGUCAUCGAUGCCAACAUCAUCCCUGCUCUAGUCGAUGUUCUGGGAAAGGCGGAGUUCAAGACGAGAAAAGAGGCCGCCUGGGCCAUCACCAAUGCCACAUCAGGGGGCAGCCCAGAACAGAUCAGGUUCAUCGUGGAGCAUAACUGCAUUCCCCCCCUGUGCGACCUCCUUAACGUCAUGGAUCCCAAGAUAGUCCAUGUGGCCCUCAACGGCCUGGAGAACAUCCUGAAGCUGGGCGAGCAGGAUGCCAAGUCCAUGGAUGGACAAAACGGGCAGAACCAGUACGCCCUCAUGGUUGAACAAUGCCAAGGUGUUGAUAAGAUAGAGUUCCUACAGUCACAUGCAAACCAGGAGAUCUACCAGAAGGCCUUUGACAUCAUCGAGCGUUACUUCAGCUCGGACGACGAGGACAACAAGAUGGCCCCCAAGAUCGCUGAGAAUGCCCAAGUCUUUGAGUUCGCGCCACCACAGGAAAACAUCGAAGACCUGCAGUUCUGAAAGACACCUCACAUCGCGUGCCGUGGGAGGAGUGGUGUGGAGUUUGACUGUGGGAGUUGUGAGUGUUAACUAAGGGGUUUUUUCCCUUUUGCCGAGGAGGUAACGUGAGUGGAUAUUGAUAAUGCUUAAACUUGUCAAGUGACUUUAACAAGAUUUACUCUUGGAAGCCAUGUUGGUAAACAAUAUCUGUACAGUUUCCUUUGGUCAGAUUAAAUACAGUUAAACUCAUUCAUGGUGGUUCUGUCUACCUUCCAAAAGUCGGCUAUUUACCAUGAACGACACGUGUUCCCGCGCGAUAAACAUUUUCUUCAAAUGCCUUGAUAACUGCUCUAUAUCUCUGUCCAGACAACACAAGGCGCCGAGUACAGUAGGGCACUUUGUGAACAGAAGUGUUUUCAUUUCCUGUCGUGUUCCUGAUGGUGUAUGGGUGUUUAUUGACUUUGGUGAUUUCCAGGUUGUCAGAGUUGUUAAGAUUUAAAAACAAAAUGAAUGUUAAAUUCAGAUCCGAGUAUUAAAGUGUUUGCUUACUCUUGGAUGCCUUUUGGUAGCGAUAGAUGUGAACUUCCAAGAAGCAAGGAGUGUUUGCCACCUUGAGUUGAUGGCAUUGGGGCAAGAGCUAGAAGUGAUAUGUGGGGCACGAGUUGGAACAUGCGUGUCAGUUGGGAAUGAGGAGUGCGUGUGUGUGUGUGACACAGAGAGAAUAGGCAGGUGACAGUGACAGGUGGAGUGAUAGAACAGUGGGUUGACAGUGAGAGUUGAGCGCACUUGUAAGUGGAAAAAAAGUUGAGAGCAUCAUUACCUUUAAUAGACACAUGCAUAAGUCCUUAAAGAUGCUACAUCUCCUGACUUCCUUCAUUUUGUUACUCUAGUGGCCUUGAAUACUCUCACGUCAGACUUCCCACCCAUGGAUGAUCCUCAUAAAUUGGAUCUCCAUUUCCAUCAGCAAGACAUAACGCAUCCCCGUAUGUGAGAAUUUCUUGAACAAUUAUCAGAAGAAAGCACAGCAUACUCACUGCCUACAUGAACCAGUCUCUGCCAAAAUGUGCAGAAAAGCAUCAUUCAGUACAUUUCUUUGUUAGUGUUUUUGACAUUGAAAUUCCUUGUGUGAAAAAAAUGCAGUUAUUUUUUAAAAAAUUGUUCAGCGCCUCUAGCCAAUUUGACAGGCCAUUGGCAGGGUGCUUUCUUGAAAUAAUUUUGCAUAAAUGCUGAACAAGUGGCAAGCCUUUUAAGUUGUCAUUCUUGUUCAAGCGACAUGCAACCCAAGCAGAUAAUUGUUUCAAAUCCAAACGACAAUAAAGAAGUCUUGAUGGAAUUAAGAGUUUGCAUUUCAGGUAUGUGGGUAAUGACUACAUUUCAAGUCAUGGGAUGUUUGUAUAUUCCAGACAAACACUCACGUAGUUUUGUUGUGUGCGCAGGGUCAAUUUUAUGAUGCUUAUGUUUUGCUGAUUUUCAUACAUUGUGAAGAGUCAAUCUCUGAAACGGUGAGAGUUUUUUAUUAAGAUGAUUUCAUACAAAUGCUGCUUCAGGAAUCUAUCUACAGGUUCAUCUAGCAUGUGAGUGGGAAGAUAGUUUAUAAAAAAAUCUUGAAAAUAUAUUAAAAAAAAAAAAUUGAGAAAAACUGAGGUGAAAAGGUUGAGAACAAAGCAUUCAAGUGAGCAGAGAAGAGAUAACUUACAAAAAAAGAAAAGAAAAUGAAAAAAAAGCCGAAAAAGCAUUUUAAAAACCAGCCGAAAAAAAUUGACGAAAUAUUAAAUACAAUUAUGAAUAUUCAACAGUGUGUGAUGUGGGGGAGCUGAGUUGAAGGAGUUUUUAAUGAUGCGGGUCAAACCAGCUAUUUUGAGCGAUUGUAUGUUUUUGUAAGCGUACUGGUAAGUGUGUCAUUCCUGUUAAACAGUGUGUUGUGCAUUUUAUGUAGAGAAAAAAAAAAGAGAUCUGGUCUAAAGAUGUACCGAUACCUGUAAUGAGAAUCAGUCGUUUGUGUUGAUAACUUAGGGUAACGGCAUGUUGUCAAGUGUAUGAAGUUUUUUCCCCUGUGGUUUGUUUUGAAGUGACAUAUAAAGAAUAUUGCCCUGAUGCCACGGUGCGUAAAUUGCCCCGGAGCAUUGCACACAGAGAGAAAUUUUCUGAGGGCUGCAUGCCGCCCUGGUUAGUUACAUGGCGGAUGGUGCACCAGUUGGCUACAUGCACUUCACCCACGUGCACAUCUUGCCCGAUUUAUAUAUUAACCCAGAGAGAGGUACAUGUACACUGCCCAGGAGAAGGGCCAAAAUAUACAUGUACACCUGUUGGGUGCAUAAAAUGUUUUGGUAGGUGUCAUUCAGUUGUAUAUGUGACAGCACAUCACCCUGGUGGUGUAUUUCUCCACCAAUGACAAGCUGUAAGAACCUUGCAUGUUGCUGUGCAUGAAAUGUUUGGCAUUGUCUUUGGCUCUUGGCAAUGAUAAGAAUGUACAUGUAGAACAUACACGGAGAUCCCCCGGAUGAUGGACAGAGUGCUGCGAAGAUGUGAAAGUGUAAUUUUAAAAAGUGCUGCAUGAAAUGGUUCGAUCAUUUCAUUUUUGCUUGAAGAUUUCUUUGUUCCCCUCCUUUUUUGCCUCUUUGAUGUAAAGCAGUCCGAUGUUUACAGAGUUGCUUGGCAGAACUUUUCUCACUAAAUAAAUGUUACCCUUUAAUUUUCUUGAUUGCCUGUUUUUCUCCUUGCAUUGCCUGUUUGUCUCCAUUUCCAACGUCACACUUUCUGCCAAGCAGCUGCUGAAAAUAUACCCCCACCAGAAAACACAGAAGCUUGGCUGAAUUUGAAGUAAACAAGCAAGAUAACUUCCACUGCUUAGAAAGUAAACUAAUCAUUUUUCAAGGUACAUGUACCUCAGUGUUUUUUUGUAUUGCUUUGUCUCAAGAGCCAUGUCACUUCCAGUUGUUGUUUUAGAGACAGUAUAACCUGUAAUUUUCUGAAAAACUGGAGCCCCUGUUAGUUUGAAAAUCCUCUCAAAUGUUUUUUCUAAAGUCACCGAUAGUCUUGUGUGGUUCUCAAAGAACUUACAUAAGAAUAGAGUUCCAACAGUUCUUUUUUUCUGUCGUUCUUAAAUCUUCACAUAAGUUUAAUCACUCUUUUCUUUGAUGGUAUGAUUGAUGAACAAAAUACGUAAUUAUUUCUUUCAGCUGUCCCGUUAACUCCAUUUCAGUGAGCAUGCCACUGAAUCUGUUAUUUGUUCAUGUCACUCAUUUCUGUUGUAUAGAAACCUACAUGUGUGUUUCUCGCCAAUCAAAGAAAAGCAUUUUCCUCAUAGGGUGUGUUUCAGUUUGUUUCAAUUGUGGAGUUGAAUGUAAAUGGUCUGAGCUUACUCAGUGUCAUUAUUUGGGUGAUUUUUGUUCUUUCAUGCUACUCAGUUCUGUCCAGUGAUUUAUCAAUACUUUGUUUCGAUUGAUUGGUCUGAUUUUUUUUUUGUUGGAAAAAAAAUUCAGUUAACUUGACAUACUACACCAGAUCACGUGCCAUCUUUCACAUUUGUUUUUGCCACAGCAUUGUAGGUAGUGAUGUGUAUAAAGGAAAUCAUUCUAAAUACAUGAGUCUAAUUUCCUCAGCCUUGAGGUACCUUUGCAAAAAGAAACAAGAUUAUAAAGUUAUCCUGUCUCCUUAAACUGCCAUUUUUGUCUGCCAGAAGAAAGUGGAUGUCUAAAACAAGCCUAAGCAAUUUUUUGUCUUUAAAGGUACAUGUACCUUAAAAAAACUCACUGUAGCUCACUAGAAAAAAAAUAUGUGCCAAGGGUAGUGCUUUUGGGAGUGAACGGUAUCUGGUGAAGUACACCUCUUUUUGGACAGAAACAACAGGACUGCUGUUUGGAAUAUUUUGUGUCCGAUGCAUGGAUGGCCACUAUUGCAGUGUGCAAAUGAUUUAAUGCUCAUAUACAGAACAUGCUCUUUUUACGGGUACCUCAAGGUUUUAGAAGGAAUCAUGUAUUUUGGAAUGCCAAAAAAAAGUUUAAAACUACGAAGACCAGUGACCAGCCCAUUAAUUUCUUUUUGAAAUAUAGACUACAUACUAGCUCAAGAACAUGUUAUUCUUGUAUUUUUUUGUUCACACAGUAGUCAUUCAACUGGUUUGAGUGAAUUACCAAAAAGAAAAUGAAAGAAUCAAGAGUUACAAGAAAUUUAUUUCCUUGCGGCUGGUCACAACAUUCUAUGUAUGUAGUGUAGAGAAUUUAAUUAACCGGCUGCAUAUGCCUAGAAUAAAUGUUAUAAGAUAUGUGCAAAAUGUGUGUACAGACAAAAAAACAUGCAAACACAUGUUAAAAUUAUAAAGACAUGUCAACAACUUAAAAUGUUUGUAUACCACUUAAUACACAUGUUGAUUAUACAUAGUACUUGAUAUGUGUACAUGUACAUACUAAAUGGUACAUUUCACACCAUGAAAUGACAUACUUUUUAUUUUUUACAAAAAAAGAAAACGCUUACAAGCCUACAUGCAUUUAAAUAUAUUGUUACAAAAAAUGAGUGCAAGAAUUUAAAGAAAAAUUGAAAUUGUUAAAUAUAUUAAAACAUCUGAUUGUCACAACAUUACAACAUCACUGAACAUUUUAUAAAAGUUUGCAAUAUUUUGGCACAAUGUUCUUCUUUGUUUUUGUACCAGUGACGACAUAACAUGCCACCUAGCAUGACUUGAAAUACAGAAGCAAAAAAGUGUGUGUCCUUUUUUUUUUCAGUAUUUUUCCAUCUGGGCCAGAAUACCUUUUUUUUUAACCAUUAAGUAAAUAUAAACACAAUCCUAUGCAAGUUCCAAGUAUCAUUUCAGAUUUGUUUGUCUAGUUCAUCGCAGCUUUGUGUAGAGAUAAGUACCAAAAAGUAAUAAGAUAACAAACUUGUUUGGCUAUCCCAGACCACACAUUUCUACUACUUACCUCAAAAUGAUUUCUCAUAUCGAUACAUUUCUUCUCCUCAGGAAGCUCUUCAGAGAGAUCAAUAUUUUGUUGCAUUCGUGAAUUUAAAAUGAUUCAAUCAAUUGACUACAGGUGUAACAAGAAAUCAGUGUCACUGCCCCUAUUAGGGCCAGUCCUCUCAGAUCCCUGGCAAUCUGCCAGAAAAUUUGGCCUAAACAAAAAUGCCUGGUCCAAUUGGAAUGCUUUGGGGAUCUGAACAUGUCAGUGGAAUCAGGGUUCGGCAUAUCAUGUACACAGAAAUCUCAGAGUUUUCCCAGAGUUUUCUGUGAUAAAUUUUCAACAGGAUAAAUGUUUUGAUCGUGUCCAGUAGUACACCUCUUCAGUGAUGGACAUGAACACAAACAGACUGACCACUUCCUCGUCUGGGCCAAAUUCCCUGACUUUCCUUGAGACGUGAGUCAUUUUUUCUUAACUUCCCUGACUUUCCCUGACUGGAAAAAGGGAAACUCAUUUCCCAGCAGGGCUUCAGGCUGAGGCUAAGCCUCACCUAGGGAUUCAGAAAUAUGGCUUAGGUUUCUGAAUGUUACGGCUGUGGCUUGCAAUGGCGUUGGGUUUACGGCUAGCCAGUGGCUCGCCUUUGAAUCUAGUCCCGCGGACACGUUGCACCCAGUCAAUUUUGGACACAGCUCUCUACAGAUCCUCACCUUACACAAUACUGCUGAAGAUAUCACUCAAAACAGUCUGUAAAGAACGAGAGGGCGUUUUUGCAGGGUUAAGGUCGAGAAUGGCUUGUUUGGUUUUUGUGUUUUUGGCAAAGUUGGCAAAUGUUUACAGAUGUUUGCAAAAUAUUUAAAGUCUGUUUUGUAAAUUAUAAUUUAAUUCUAGAAAGAAAAUCUCAUUCAGGCAUUAAAUUAAAAUCUUUCAACUGCAGAAUAAUUGAAUUAUUUGUUGAAAAAAUGAGUGCCUGUAAAGAAUAGUUUGCAAACAUCUGUGCAAAAAGUUCUACUUGAAUCACAUUUUGUAAAACCAAUUUAGACAAAGUCUACAAGUGAUAGCUGAAAAGUAAACUUUUCCAUUUCUAAAGUGCAAUCUAGACUUCUUUUUGGACUUGCUUUCACAAAGACACUUUAGAUGAAAUUGUGUACCUUUCUUAUUAUUUUGAUGGAUAAUUAUUGUUUUUCACGUGUAUCGUUACAGACAACCUGUGAUUACUUGAAAAAAAAUACAAAAACCUAUUGAAAAUGGUUUGGUUGCUGUAAUUAUGCUUGAACGCGCCUCGCACUUAAUUUUGGGAAGUGCUUGACACAGUAUAAGUGCACCAGAUUUGCACUCAAGUAAUCGGAAUAUUACUGCCUUAUCGGAAUGACUGAAUGCAAAACAGCAAGUACGAGUCUUGUUUCACACCAAGUAUUAGUUCUCUAACUUGACACAGUUGCAAGGAAAUAUAAAUAUUCAUUCCAUUUUUGGCCUUUUCAGGGUGAAAACAGUAACUGAUUUUUUGAAGGAAAACAUGUCUUUCUACAUUUUUUUCUAUCUGUUGGGAGCUUGAAAAAGUACCAGAAAUAUAUUUGUCAGGUAAAGUCAAUUGUACUCCGAAUUUAGUAAUACCUUGCAAUUUGAUCAACAAAAAUUAAGAAUUGAUGAAAUUAGAAGUGUAAACUCAAAAUUAUCAUUAUGCAGCUCAUUUUCUGAUUAAGAGGAGCUGCAAUUAAAUAUAAAGUUUUAUUGAAACAAGAAAUUACCAUAAGAUUCAAAUAUUUUAUAGGGUUUUGCUGUUUUUGUGCUUCCAUUAAGUAAUUGACACAUUUUCCCCCAUAAGAUUCCUUCUGUAGCUUGGGUUAUGGAAAGGCAGCUUUUUACUGUGUUGAAAAUUAGAAGCAGUUGUAAACAAUUCUCACAACCAGUUGUCAUUCUUUUGCUUUUUUAUGUGUCCUGCCUUGGGUUCCUUAGUCUCUUUAUGUCCCUUCAGUUUGUGAACUAUUAAGCUGCAAAACCUAAUAUUUGUGUUUUCAUUUCAAUCUCUGAAAAAAUCCAGAUUUGUUUUUAUUUUAGAAACCUUAGAAUAAUCCAGUAUUAUAAAUGAAAAAACUCGCCAUCAAUUGUAUGAUUUAUUUAUUUUUGCAAAGACCAUAGCUGUAAUGAUAUGCAGAUGACCUAUUUUGGCCCAGAAAUUUUUUUUGACAAAAUGCAAUAUUCACACUUUAGAGUUGGGGAAUUAUAGAAAACAUUUCAGAUUGUUGUAUGGAAAUUGACACACACUACCAUUUUUUUAAAUUUUUACCUACUCAUUAAACACAUAAAGUUGCAAACAUACAUGUACGCAUUUGACCACUCCACUCAUACUUACCUUGCAUACACAAUACCCAUGUAUACUUACGUGUAUGUUACAUACCUAGUGUGGAAAUCCCUUUUUGUCUUGCAGUUAAAAACUCGGUAAAAAUACUCAAUUUUUCUUAAACUGGGAAUACGAUUUUCAUAAAAUGUUUCUCUGACUGUUCCUCUUCAUUUAUUAUGAUAACCGUAACCCAAAAGGCCUCAAAAUUUCCCUCAGGAGAAGGGGAAACGUCCUGUGGAUGUGGGUGAGUCCACGGAACGUUUUUUUCUUUUCUGUAUCCUGUGGACAUCUUUUGUUCACCAGUCUACACUAGGUAUGUAAGGUUUACGCUGAACUAACAUACUGUACAUGCACAGUCCUGCUAUGCAUUUGUGUACAAUCGUAACUCCACUUUCCUGUGAAAUUCUCUGUUUUGUGUUUAGUUUGCGCUUAUAUUGUAUGUAUUCUGCCUGAUAUUCAUUUCAGUUCUGGAGUGAUUGUCAUGGCUAACAGGAAUUUUUUUUUUUUACAUGUGGGCUGAAACUUUUUUCAAUCCACUUUUGACAGGAUAAACCUGAAUUUAGAAUCAUCGUGGAUCUCAAGUCUGAAAAACUUGUACUAAAUUUGCUUUGGGUACUAUUCUGUGUAAGUUCUUCACUUACAUGUAGGUGUUGGACAAGGUGCAGAGAUAGCCGGUGGUUAUGAAAUCUGACUAGUUUUGUGAAGCCACGAUUUUGCCAGACACAGAAGUUAUGUUGAAAGCCAAAAGUUCGUAAGUCUGGAUAUUGUACACUUAUGCAUAGUAUUGACACAGCUUCCAUUUUCUACAAACAUGUCAACAGACAUAACUUUCCCAAGAUGCUGUCUGAAAUUUGCCACCAUUGACACAAAUGUUUCCAUUACAGUGCUCUCAAAAAAGUUCACAUUCAACCACACUCAACUAUGAAUAGCUAUAAAACAUUGCACGUUCACAUAGUUCAAACACAACAUACAUACCCAACACUUUAAUACCCAACAAUCCUCACAGUAACAGACAUGAAACACCCAGAACUUGAAGAAAAAGACUUCUACAGAGCGCAAACGCUAACACUGUGUACAUGUAUAUAGCAUGAUAACUGUUAACUUGUUUAAAGGAAUUUAACAUAUAUAGUUACAGUUACCGUGAAAAAUGACAGGUUAUGUUUACCGGUGCAUAUGUAAAAGGGGAGAUUUGGGCUAACAGGUCUUUAGCAAUAUUCUGGACUAGAGGUUUACUUCCUCUCACCUCGUAUUUCUCCUUUUGCAGAUUAGAAAAAUGUUGAAGGAAAAAUUCUGACAUAGCUGCAAUUAAUGUUACAAAUCUCUCAAAUGAUGUUUGCUGAGGUGGCAGGAAUUGGCCCCUUCUUUCCCCAGCCUCAGUUCUCUUUGGGGUCAAGAAAUAUGCCACCCCAAAAAUGGUUGGGGGAGGGGGAUUUUAUAAUACAGAACGAAUGAGCCUGUUUGAUACCGGUAUUUCAAAAAGGCAGUCAUUUGAGAACAAAGCAUCCAUGCAACUUGCCGUUUCCCAAAAUGACCUCUGGCAGGUUUCAGUUGGGGCAUGUGCUGUUGGAAUAUCAAACUGGGUAAUGAGGGUGUUACUUCGGGUCAUUCCCACUAGUAUGUCAAGCAUUGAUGGUUAAGAGGUGAUCAUUAGGGAUGGGGGAUUUGUAAAUGACCAGGUUGCUAAUCCAUCAGUUACUUUACUGUCAAGGUUAUUCAGCUCAUUGUACACUGCACUGCCCAAGUUACCUGGCAGCAAAUUGGUCAGGGAGUCAUACCAUAGAGCUACAAACCUAGCUCUAUGGUCAUACACAUAUAUGUAUAUUGCACACGGACUGAUGUGCAUACUGUAGUUUAUUGAAUACAGCAACUAUAUGCUCAUAACACUCCGACUAGGCUAUGCAGGGGCAUGGCAGUUAUUUUCAUGUACAUGUAAUUCACAGUCCAGAAACAUGGUGAUACAUGUAUUUCUCAGCUAAAACUGAUUUUGUGGACUUCAAGUUAUCAUCUGUGAAAGGAUUUGUAACAUUAAUUUCAGUGGUGAUAUCUUUAAAAGCAGAAAUGAGAAUGAACAGUCCUGUCAAAUGUCUUUAGUCUAUUUUCAAAUUUCUGGUUAAUGUAUAACUGGUGGGUUACUGCAUGUUUAUUGAAGGCAUGUUGUUUGAUCAGUUAGGUCCAGUUAAAAUAAACAUUCAAGACUCCAAAACGCUUACUUUCUUGAAAUUUUUCAAAGAAUUUAUUAUAUAUUCAAAUUUUGAUAAACAGUAUAAUUUCCAGAAAUGAUGUUUUAUUGAUCACAAAAAUCUAAGAAAUUGUGGUUUUUAACGCACCAUUUCAUACAAAAUUUUAUGGGGCGUCACAUCGGGAUACUUGAAUCUUAUUGUCAAGUGAUAUAAAAAGAUCAAUAAAAUCCAUUCGGUUACAGAAAUUUAAA